AUGUUAAUAAACAAAUGCGGGGAUAGCUCAACCAUAUUCCACUUAAACCCAUCAGGCAGAUUCGUCAUUGGUGGGCCUCACGAAGACGCUGGUCUCACAGGGCGCAAGAUCAUCAUCGACACUUACGGUGGAUGGGGAGCUCACGGAGGUGGUGCUUUCUCAGGCAAAGACCCAACCAAGGUCGACAGAAGCGGAGCCUACAUUGUGAGACAAGCAGCUAAGAGCGUUGUGGCUAACGGAAUGGCUCGUAGGGCACUUGUUCAAGUCUCAUACGCCAUUGGAGUCCCUGAGCCAUUGUCUGUCUUUGUUGACACUUACAAGACUGGUUUGAUUCCAGACAAAGAGAUACUCAAGAUUGUGAAGGAGAGCUUCGAUUUCAGACCGGGAAUGAUGACUAUUAACCUUGACCUGAAGAGAGGAGGAAACGGGAGGUUCUUGAAAACUGCGGCUUAUGGACACUUCGGAAGGGACGACCCUGACUUCACCUAGGAAGUAGUCAAGCCACUCAAGUGGAACAAACCUCAAGCUUAACUUUUACUCUGUUUUCAUCCGGCAAACCAAUUAUCCUGCUCUCCUUUUUUCUUUCUCUCUGUUUUUGUGUGUUUGGUUUAUGUAUACUUUGUAUUUGAGCUAUUUGAAUUGGGUGUUCGUUCUUAUGCCAUCAUGG